AUGGCAAGCCUGGAAACCAUCAAGACAGUCCUUGCCUUGGUCUUUAUCGCCCCGUACUUGGUCGCCUAUGCAUGGGCUAAAUCUCGGUUUCGCCGGGUCUCAUACUGGCUUGAACGUCGGGCUAACGCGCCAACGCCCCUUCCACGACGUCGUCGCUCGCUAUCAGAAACAGAAACCACGAAUGCCCAGACACAGUCAUUAUACUUCAAGUUACCGCCCGAACUCCGGCACAUGGUCUAUGAGGAGGUUCUGGUAUCUGCAGCUCCUCUCCAUGUCUGGCGAACCUAUCGAAGACUAUGCAGUAGGCCUUGCAGAGCUGAUCCUUCACCUGCUUGGGAGGAUCAUGCCUGCUCCUUGCAUGACGAGUGUCGGCCUUCCAUGGCGAGGGAUGGGAGUGUCCAGCGACGAUCUGCUGGUGAUGGCGAGCCAGUGCAUAAAGCCAGGUUUCUGGGUUUGCUCUCCAGCUAUACUCUGAAAGCGUUAGCCUACUAUACACCAGAAAUAAGCUCCUUGUCGAUGACCAUUACACACUACUCGCUCUACCGCGCGCUAUUCCCGCGCGCCGGCUCAGGCUGA